AUGUCCAUUAAAAAUACAAUUGAUAUUAAAAAUGAAAAAUUAAACAAUACGAGUUCUUCAAAUCAACUCUCUUCAGAUCGUUCAACAACUUUAAAUACAGUAAGUGUCACAUGGACGAAAACAAACGAUACAACUCUUCAUCAAAAUAUUCAUAUAACUGUAUCUACUAUCGAUAAUAAACCAAAUAAAAUUAUCACAGAAGAAGAAGAACCAGAGAAAAUCAAUUUUGACAAUGAACAAGACUUAAAUCAAAUUCUCAAUCCUCAGCAACCCAUCAAUGAUGAAGUUACUCAACAGAUUAUCAGUCAAUUAGAUCUUAUAUUGGACCAGACGAAAGCAAUAGCAUCAAUUAACGUAAAUGAUAACAAAGAUCAACAACAAAUUUUAACAUCACCAUCAAUUAUUUCAACAACAACAACACAACAUUCAUAUCCACCUAUGAAUCAAACAGGUCGUGUAGAAGAUCAUGAUCGUCCUUAUGCAGAAUAUAGUCAUCUUAAUCGACAAUUAAUUGCACAAGAAUGUAAUUUUAAUCUUCAACCUUCGUCUUCUUCAGCACAUCCUCGAUUACAUGCAAAAUCGUUUGCUAUUACAGCAAUGAAAAAUGUAUCAAAAGAACUCGUUAUGAAUACAAUCAAAGAAGAAUUUGGUAUUAAAAACAUACAAUAUAUUUGUAUUGGACAAGAAAUUAGUGAAUUAAAUCAUCAACAACAUUUACAUAUACAAAUUAUAUUCAAAGAAAUAAUCGAUCGAAGAAAACCAUUUUUGGAUGAAAUUACUCAAACACAUUGUAAUUAUCAAGUAACUAAAAAUGAUCUAGCUUGGAAUGAAUAUAUUAAAAAAGGUGGUAAUUAUAUUGAAUUUAAUGAAUUUAAAUCAACAAAAACACGUGGCUCAAAACAAUGGCCAUCAUCAUCAUCAUCACCUUCCUCAUCGAGAUCACCACGUUUCCGAUCACCAUCUGUAUCUAGUGCAAGAGCAACAUCACCUAUUGUCAUAACUACAGUGGAUCUUCCUCAUCCAUCAGUAGUACCAAAGGCAACAAUUACAAAAAGACAAGCAGAAGAAAAACGUCAACAUCAACUUGAAAUAUAUAAACAAGCAGUUAAAUUAGCUGAAAAUAAUAUUGGUCAUGCUAUGGAUCUCAUUAAACGAGAAAUGAUUGAUAAAUUUGUUGAACGUGGUAGCUGGUAUUUAGCAAUAUUCAAGUACGUUCAUUUACGAGCACAACGUGAAGCUGAGCAAAGAGGUGAAAUUGAUAAAGAUUAUAUUUGGCCUCAUUCAUUUCCUCAUUGUACACCAAAACUUCGUGAAGCUAUGAAUCGUUGGAUCAAAGAAGAAUUUAAUCGUCCAUCACGUGCAAAAUGUCUUAUUAUAAUUGGACCAACUAGUACAGGAAAAACAUCAUUUGCAAUGUCAUUACGUGGUCGUGUUAAUUAUUUUCAAGAACGAUGGAAUUUAGAUGCCUGGAAUGAUUAUGCUCGAUAUUCUGUUUAUGAUGAUAUUCCAUGGGAUGAUUUUAGUAAACUUAAUUUUCCUAGUAAAAAAAAAUUUACUAACACAAAAAAAAUAUAA